AUGCCUGAUUACCAACAGUUCGGCCUUGUCCAGAGUGAGGUCCAGAGUGAGGACCAGACUCCGAGUUGUGUUAGCUCCGAUGCGAGUUCGAUAUUUUCAGAUAAUGAAUCUGAAUCUGAAUCCAACAGCGACCUAGAGACUGAAAGCGAUGACUCGGAUGAUGAAGACUCGCCCGAUGAUUUUGACACCGACAAGGGCCAGCUACCCCCCGAACACUAUCUAGCCGAAGCGGAGGGCUUAGAUGUCUCUAGGCUUCGACAAAAGCGGUACAGCGAUAAAACCGAGGAACAACUUAACGAUACUAGUGCCUACUGGAAUAGGUACUGUGAACACAUCAAAGUUGAUCCCGUGAAAAAAUGGCAUUGGAUUUCAGACUCGGAGGAAACUGUCCGUUUUCUGUACGGGUUUUUUAGCUGGCGAUGUGAUAUUCGGCGCGGGAAAAAUGGUCGACACUGCCCGGGUCUUAGAUACAAGAGCUCGCUUGAGACAUUCUGGAAGAACUGGCACCUCGUUCUCAAACAGCAUACCAAAUCUGGGCUGGGGAAAGAGACAAUUGUCAAAGUGCAAGACAUUAUUGCACUUGUAGCUAAGGACAAAAAACUUGGGCUCACACGGCGACCGAAGAAGAACAUGUUUAUUGAAGACGUUUCUGAGGUUGCACGAGUCCUUUUGACCACCACCGAGACUACUUUUCUCUGUGGCUGGCAGCGUGUUCAAGUCCUUCUUUUCUUGCAGCUGGCAGCCAUUACUGCAAGCCGUCCCGGCGCUCUCUUAGAUCUUCGUUGGCGAGACAUCGCGUUGACACUCAUUCGCGACCCUGAAGGAGGACGCCCACGCCUUUUCAUCUUCCUUACACCUGAAUGUACCAAAAAGUUCCUUGGGAAAAAAGCUCCAAAUGAGUUUAAGAUUCCGGAAAUUAUAUUCGAUCCAACUUUGGUCCUCAGUCCGCAUGUUUGUUUGCUGAGCAUGCUCUUCCAUAUCAAGGGCUUCAAAACUAUGUCAUCGACUGGACCUGUGCUGGACUGCCCAGAGAAUCUUUAUCGACUUCGAGUACUUGAAGGCUUGGGACAGCAGCAGCUAAGAUUGAAAGAUGAAAUCUUGAAUGGAUUUGUCUUCUGUCAGGUUGUCAAAGAUGUUACCGGCUAUCGUGUCACCUUAGAGAAGAGAAUGACAUCGUCUAUGGUGAGAUCACGCUUGCGCCGGGUGGGCCAAAUCACGGGUAUUGAAAGUGAUAUCAAGCCGUAUAAUCUCCGAUAUGCCGGAGCUAAAGCUCUGAACAAGAGUGAGGAGGUAACAGAUGCUCUACAGAAUGUCAUCUUGCAGCACAGUGAUAUCCGCACAUUCGUCCGGCAUUAUGAAGUAGACGUCGACGUUGACGUUCAAGGCAUUAUACGCGGAACUGGAACUCAAUCACAGCUGGUGCGAUUCGCCUGUUCUUUGAGUGCGACAAUUGACCCAGAUCGGCCAUACAAACUUUCAACAAUGGAAUCUCUCUCCAUCAACGACCUCCCAGUGAUCCGCGAACUCGAAAAAAAAGCCUCAAUGCGAAAGAAAAAACUUCAAGAUGUCCAAGCUAAAUUAAAAUGCAUUGAUCGGGUACGGGAACCUAACGAAGAACGACUUUUGAUUGACCAGCGUCAACUGGAGGAGAAGCAGGUUGUUUACCACACCCGCGCAAAGGAAGCCUUGCGGAGACUCCACAGAGCUAAUCGGGAAGUCCGCAAUGAGAAGCAACGCCAGCGGAACAAGCGUAUACGUGAGAAUUUGGAGCGAUAUAGAAACGAACAGCCGGUGCUUGACCUCGAGCAGCAAUUGCAGGGUUCUUGUGUGGAUUCGAAAGUGAAAGGAGCAUUGGAGAACACUGGUUUCACGUCGCCAGAGUUCAUGAAGGUUAUUGACACUGUGCUGACCAUGCCGGGUGCGACGAUUGAAGCGGAGUAUCAGCGCCGGAUCAAUGCGAUCAACGCGUUGACGACAUUUUGUGGCGUGGAAGAGGGGCGUCCCACACCUCGAACUACUCAAUCCUGUCGCCGGCCCGCAGCCGAUGACAUCCCAUCUUGUCCUGCGAAGCGACAUAAAAUUUCCACGGAUGAAGACCAUGAGAUAAUCCUCCGCCAAGCAAUGGAAUCCGUGCGUAUUAAGGCUCAAGAUGAACGACCCACGAUCUGUUUUCUUUGCGUCGGGAAUCCUAAACUUCCGCUAGAAAAGCGAGUUCUGAAACAUACAACACCUGGCUCACUCACGAGGCAUUUUAGAAUAACGCAUGUGGAUCGCGCCUGGCCUACCGAUGGAGUUGCGUGUAAUGUCUGUGGGAUUGAAUCGCUUCAACAGAAGUUUACAUUACUGAAUCAUGCAGAGGAAGCGCAUGGAACAGUUGUGCGAGGUCGAGCCCAGGAGAGGCUUCGGAAGGAAUUCAUGUCAAUAUAA